AUGGAUCAACUUAAUGCCAAGGAACAACAAGAAUUUCAAAAGCUUGUGGAGCAAAAGCAGAUGAAGGAUUUCAUGAGACUUUACUCUGGUCUAGUUGAAAGAUGUUUCACUGAUUGUGUUAACGAUUUCACAUCUUCAAAGUUGACCAGCAAGGAAGAAUCCUGUAUUCUAAAGUGCUCGGAGAAGUUCUUAAAGCACAGUGAGAGAGUUGGUCAACGUUUCCAAGAACAAAACGCUGCUUUGGGUCAAGGUCUGGGCCGUUAA